UUUGUUUCAGUGCUAUGUUGAUCCCGAUUAAUUUCCACUGCUUCUUCUGGGAUCAGACUGAAGAAAAGAUCUGCCGUAUACGCCAGCUGAUAUUUUAUUUACCUCGGACUGAAUUUGUGGAGCUCAAUAAAGACGAAACUAUUUUGUCGUACCUUCGAAAGUUUUUUGCUCAAUUUGCUUGUUGUUCUCGUCUGCACGCGUUUGUAGGCAGGAAGCUUUUCAAGGACCAAUCAUUGAAAGCUUUCAUGGAACUUGCAUAUACACACGAAGGAAAAGAUCCCAUUAAUUUGUUGGCUGUUCAGAGAAGAAAACUCGAUAUGCGGCAAGUUACUGUGUAUUUGCAACUCCAGUCUGUCUACGUGUUCAAAUCGAGGCCCCUGAAGUUGGAUUUUCUUAUCAGUACUAGAAUUGAAGACAUCAAGAGUUUUAUCGAAACUACCUAUGACAUACCGAAAGAUUCGCAGUCACUAUACUCGAGCGAAGAUGAUUUAGCACCGCUGAGGAAACAUCACAAGUUAGAAGACUUGUUAAGCUUAGAAGACUUGAAUGCUUACUGUAGGAGUUCGAAAUAUCGAGCGGUUGUUGAGUUGUUGCUGUUCAUUGAGGCGCUUGGUGGAAGAAAAGACAUUCAUACAGUUGAUAUGAAAUCCAAAAUUCCAGUGCCAAUGCUGGCAAACAAAAUGGCUGGAAAGGAAAAAGUUGAAGAAAACAAAAUGGCUGAAAAUGAAAAAGUUGGAGAAACGAAAAUUGCUGAAAAGGAAAAAGUUGGAGAAAACAAAAUUGCUAGAAACGAAACUGCAGAAAACAAAAUUGCUGAAAAAGAAAAAGUUGGAGAAUCAGAAACGAAGUGUAAUGUUACGUUGAUGCCGCUGGUUUUGAAAUCGGAGCGACCUGCUAAUGCGAACGACAUCAAGUACGGGCUCGAUGUCAUUAAAAGGACGAGUGUAAGUGAUUCACCCAUCGUCCCGAAGCGCAAUCGAAUGUCAAAUUCUUCUAGCAAUUCAAGAAGCAAACGUAAUGGACACUUUUUUGACGAGCCUGAGAUGAAUCUGCCGGUCGAAGCUGAAGAAAUUUUUAAUAUUUAUGACAGUAGUGGAAGCACAAAAGACACGAUCAAAGCGUCGGAGCUUUCUGAGCACAAGAAAAGAAGAUUAAAAGUUGAUAAAUUUGAAAGUUUUGAAGGACAAGACAGUAAUGGUCCGAAUACACGGAAUCACAAACCUCGAUCUGAAAAAUUUACGGAGUCUAAUUACGUAGCAAUGGGUGACUAUCUAGUUAGUUCAGUGGAUCUAUCGGAAAUCCAGAAAACGGGAUCGGAGGCUAACGUGCAAACAAAUUACUUGAACAUGGACGGGAAUGAGAAAAUGAGCCGUUUUGAGGAAAAUCAGAAAGAACAAUUCAAUGGUAACUUUAUGUCUAAUUACAUGGAAAUGGGAUGGGAAGAGUCCUGUUCUUUCAGUCGCAGCAAUUCUGGAAGCAUGAAACGCAGUAAUCAUGAAUGGCCUAAUCGCAUUGAAAUUUUAGAUGAAGAAAAACACGAUUCGGGAAGUUCUACGCAACUGCAGAAACUGGACUCAAACAAUGCACUGCAGUCUAAUUACUGCUUAACGAUGGAUGGCAAUCCGUGUAAUUGCGAAACUUGUAAAAGAGCAGCAGAGGAAGAAGAAUAUUUCCUGUUCUGGGAAAAGGUGAUGAAAGAGCAACAAGGAUAUGAGGAAGCAAACCUACCCAGUCGUCCGAAGGAUCAAUCAUCUUCAUUGAUGAUCUCAAAUUACAUCGAUAUGAGUGGAAGUCUAAACAGUUCAACGGGCUUUGAGGAACAGGAAAAAAUAAACUUUGAUUUAAAGUACGGACAUAAUGCUUGGAGAAAAUGUGCCGUAGGAAUUGGCGAAAACCCAUCUGCUUUUUGGAAGCAGAAGUUUCCACCGGUCGCUUUUAACAAAACCAAUGAAAACUGGCGGUUCAGUGUUGCGAACUUAUAUACAUCAAGUCCUACGGACGGCUAUAUAGAGCGCUACCCCAUAAAUUCCGGCUUUCAAUCCCGUUACUGUGAAUUGGGUUGUGAGUUUUGUGGUAUGCGUGUUCGCUGUCUAACCAAGACGGAACGCCAGAAUCGGCUAUUGAAACACACCAAUUCAUUCAAAAAAAGUCAGAUAAUAUGUGAGAAUUUGGAAGAUGUUUCUGAACGCCAAAUGGGAAAGAAGUUGAAUGAAGUCAAUGCUAAUGCAAAAAAUUCGGCGAAUGUUUCUGAACCUCAAACAAAGAAAUCUGAAAGUGAUUUGCGUUCAAAUUAUCUGAAAAAUGAAGCUAAAGAAGCUGUUUCACUUAAAAUGCCAUACAAUAGCCGCGUCACCGGAGACCAAAAAGAGCAACCGAGCUCUGGUAAGGUUCGUCGUUUCAGAAAAUUAAGAAAUGGAGCAAAGAGAGCUGUCAUGGCUAACGAUAGUAUGUCCGAGAAUGAUCAAGAAAAAGAGAAGCCAGAAUUGGGAGCUGAUGCUAAGUCCAGCUCCGAGGAAAAGCGUUGGAAAUUCUGGAAACCACCUGAAACAGGAUUUAAAACAGACUUAACGGAACCCGUCGUUGAAAGGCCGCCGAUUCAAGUGGAAUGGAGAGACAAUGUUCUUACCAUAUCGAAACUUGGAAGGAAAAACCAGCCGAGAAAAGUUCCGUUUGGAGCGGUGAAGAAACAAACGUCCUUUGAGCAGAUGGGUUUUGACGAAUUGAAGAUUAGCAAUCGAAGCAGCGAAUUGUCAGCAGAGGAGAAGCGAAAAGCUUUUGCGAAGAAAUCAUUUUCGCUCGAUUGUGCAAAAGAGCCGAAAGACCUGGGAAAAUUCGCCAAUGCUGAAGCUCAGUUGAUGAUCGCCAAAUUUAAUAUACAGAAAUUAGAACAGGAUAUAGGCAAUGAAGAGUUAAUCCAAGUUGAUAUGUAUGCAUUUUCGGAGAGAGUUGGACAGAUUCGAGCGUCAAUUGAUACCAUAGUACAUAAUGUAGAAAUGCAAUCACAAUCUCGAAGCGAGUCUCGAAACGAUCUGCAAUCGUCUGAAAAAGAUAGCACCGACCGCAGUAUGAUCGAAAAAUUUCGAAAUCAGAGAAAUGCGCAUAGAGAGUUCUCUAGUGUACAGUUCAAUAACAGUCCAGAAAAGGGAGUAGGAGUGCAUGCAUGUAAAGGUCUGGCGCAUUGUCGAGCUUGCUUAAUUGAGGAAUGCGAACGCUUAAGAAAUGUUGAAUUGAAGCGAAUUGGUCAAGCCCUGACAAAGACUAAAUGGCGGAAAUUUGAGAAAGAACCGGUCAGAGAGAAUAAGUGCUCGGAGCCGAAAUGGGAUUCAAGAUAUGUGAAGGACAAAGAUUCAGCACUCGGAGAGUAUGGUCGAUUCGAUCCGUCUGCUGAUUUGACCUUGAACUCUGGACUACUAUGCACUAGAUACUUUUCACCAGAUGCCAAGGAGGAUCGUGGUGGAAGGAAAUUACUACGAAAGCAGAAAACAGUUGAAGAAGUGGGUUCUGAAACUACAAGCAUUGGCAGCAUUGAUUCGAAGUGUUUUGAGUCGAGUUCAGGUAGUAGCCUUGAUCUCACAAUCGAAAUUUCUUCCCUUAAAAAGUUGACGACAGAACCGAAAAAACUGGACAUCGGAAAAAAUUCAGUAUCAUCUGACCAAGAUAGAAGUCAGGAAACUGAUGUGGAGAAUUGUUCGUCCAAGCUUCUAAAUUUACGUGGUGCUAAAAGAGACAACCUAGGCCAAAAACAGAAAGGUGACGAAUUUUAUAGGGAAACUAACAAAGAAAACGUGAAAAAAUCAAAACGUUCUGAGUCGAAAACCAAGCCUGAGUAUCCGGACGAAGUUUGCAAAGAUAUGGAGCAGAACUUUGACCAAUCCGCGAAAAAAAAUAACUACGAAUUUGAGAAAAUAAAUAAAAAAGGAUACAAAAUAGAUUGUAAAGAGACAGUUGACGAAGCGACUGGGAUGUAUUUAAAGUCUCAUUGGUCCGAAAAGCUGUAUACUGGAAAUUUUUGUAGUGAAAAGGCUGACGAAGAGACUGUUGCGUUGAUUGAUUUGAAAGAGUGCUCAAGUCCUUGCCAUCCGUUUUAUGAUCACUUCGAAGUCGUGCUAGGUUGGAUGGAUUGUACGGUAGGUCUUUCAAUUGAAGUAAAAUAUCAAAUCAACAUGUCAGGGAAAAUAUAUACAGUUGAGAAAGCACUGUAUAGACCGAAUCAAAAGCUGGAGCAGUAUUUCAACUUGGAAAAAGGCUUGACGAGCUACAAAAAAGCGACGGACGGAGCCAAAAUGGACAAAUCUGAUUGGAUCGUGGAAAUAAAGCCUAUUUAUGUUUAUUACGCAACUAAAUCGAAAAAGGCUGAGGAUAUUUUUAAAGACGGUUUUAAUCACGCCACAGACGAAGAUUUGAAAAUAGCGGGAGAAAAGUUAAUUUUUGCCGGAAAUCCAGAAGCAGCGGUGAUUUGUGGAAAAUCAGGAAAACUGGAUAAUCCUGACAAUUGUGUUAUUAUGUGUGAAUUGAUUCCAGGGUUUUCCAGGAGAAAUUGUGUUCACGAUUUGAUGGAUGUGGAUAAUUGCGCGUGUGAUUUUCACGUGAUUAAAGGUGUUAACAAUGUGCGCGAGGAUGAUGGGUUUUUUUACGUGCGAAGAGUGAACAGUCGAGUUUUGCCACUUUACCAAUUGAGUUUUCGGGAUGAAAAAAAGUGAAGCAAAACUGAGUUAACUUCUGAUUGACUUUGUUUUAACUUCUUAAAUUGAAUCUUGAGAAUUGUUGUGGAAACUAUGAAUAUGUAGAAUGGGCAACAAGCAGGAGAUUAACAUUGGUUUUAUGGAACUGAUUUGAAAAGUUGUAUUUAAAUGAAUGAAUUGAUUUUGAACGUUUUGAUAUACUUGAAUUGUGUCUAAUAACUUGAUGUACAAAAUGUCUGUAAAAAUGAAUUAGUUGUAGAUGACUCCAAUCAAAAUUCAAUACCAAAUCUAGUUCUAUCUUUAUCUAUUAAAAUCGGAUCUAUUACCAAAAA